AUGCACAACUCUCGGCCACAUUCCCGGGAUGAUCUCCCCGAAGAUUUCUUUAUCCCGAUGCCCUUGGACGUUGCCAACAUCACAACCCUCAGCCCUUUCCUGGUACCUCAGACUCACUUGGGUAGUCCAGCCCUCUUUAUGGGCAUGGCUGCCUUCAUGUUCCUGUUGAUUAUCCUAGGGGUGCCCAUCAAUGUUCUCACCAUCUUCUGCACCUUCAAGUACAAGAAGCUCCGUUCCCACCUGAACUACAUCCUGGUCAACCUUGCUGUGUCAAAUUUGUUGGUGGUCUGUAUUGGAUCUACCACUGCCUUCUACAGCUUCUCUCAGAUGUACUUCUCCCUGGGGCCCACUGCCUGCAAGAUAGAGGGUUUUGCUGCAACGCUGGGAGGUAUGGUGAGCCUAUGGUCCUUGGCAGUUGUGGCCUUUGAAAGAUUCCUAGUCAUCUGCAAACCUCUGGGAAACUUCAGCUUCAGGGGUACCCAUGCCAUCAUCGGUUGUAUUAUGACUUGGAUCUUUGGCUUGGUGGCUUCUUUACCACCCCUCUUUGGCUGGAGCAGGUAUAUUCCUGAGGGUCUCCAGUGUUCUUGUGGCCCUGACUGGUAUACAACAAACAACAAGUGGAACAAUGAGUCAUAUGUGCUGUUCCUCUUCUCUUUCUGCUUUGGAGUGCCACUGUCUGUUAUUGUCUUCUCAUACGGCCGCCUUCUUCUCACCCUGAGGGCUGUUGCAAAGCAGCAAGAGCAGUCAGCUACGACACAAAAGGCUGAGAGAGAGGUGACCAAGAUGGUAGUGGUGAUGGUGAUGGGCUUCCUGGUUUGCUGGCUGCCAUACGCCUCCUUUGCACUGUGGGUGGUAACACACCGUGGGGAACCUUUUGACGUUCGCUUGGCCACAAUUCCUUCUGUCUUCUCCAAGGCGUCCUCUGUUUACAACCCGGUCAUCUACGUCUUCAUGAACAAGCAGUUCCGUUCCUGCAUGCUGAAGCUCGUCUUCUGCGGCAAAAGUCCUUUUGGUGAUGAGGACGAUGUAUCAGGUUCCUCUCAAACCACCCAGGUCUCCUCGGUAUCCUCCAGCCAAGUGUCUCCAGCAUAA